CAUCAUCGCAGAGCCACGUGCGGAGGAAGCCCCGCCCAUCCUGUGACAGUCUGGAGGCCAAAGAGACAUGGAAUCCCCGGGAGAGGAGGAGGAGGAAGAGGAUUGGAGGUCCCGGGAGGGGGAGGAGCACCGAGCCACCCCUCUACACCUGACAGCAUUUUCUACACGGCAGACGAAAUCUGACGGCUCUUCACAAAGGGUCAUCGUUCACCUGGACAUGGACUGCUUCUACGCACAAGUGGAGAUGAUCAGAAACCCGGAGCUGAGGGAUAAGCCUCUAGUGUCUCCUGUAGGUGUCCAGCAGAAAUCCCUCAUGGUCACCUGUAAUUAUGUAGCCAGAGAGUGCGGCGUCAACAAAUGCAUGUCCAUCAAAGAAGCCAAAGAGAAAUGUCCGCAGCUUGUGCUGGUCAGUGGAGAGGAUCUGACGCACUACAGAGAGAUGUCCUACAAGGUCACAGAACUGCUGGAAGAAUUUGGUGUGAAGGUGGAGCGGUUGGGUUUUGAUGAAAACUUUGUUGAUAUCACAGAACUGGUGGAUAAGAAGUUACAGAAGCAGCAGAAUGAUGGCGGCCUAGAAGUGGCUGGACAUGUCUACAAUGAUCACAGGGUUAACGGCAGUGACUGGACUCACAGGCGAUUGGUUGCUGGCUCUCAGAUCGCCGCUGAUAUCCGGGCAGCCGUGCACAGCAGAUUGGGUCUCACGGGCUGCGCUGGCAUAGCGUGUAAUAAGGUGCUGGCUAAACUGGUAUCUGGGACCUUUAAACCAAACCAGCAAACCGUUCUGUUUCCUGAAAGCAGCAGCCACUUGAUCAACGGCCUAAACCACGUGCAGCGAAUUCCAGGUAUUGGCUACAAAACCGCCCAGCGCCUUGACAGUUUGGGGUUGUCCAGUGUAUGUGCCCUUCAGUCCUGUCCAAUCACUGCGCUGGAAAAGGAGUUUGGCUCCUCCAUGGCUUGCCGUAUCCAGCAGCUCAGCCAAGGAGAAGAUGAUUCACCGGUCACACCAUCUGGUCCUCCUCAGUCUCUCAGUGAAGAAGAUUCAUUUAAAAAAUGUUCCACAGUAUCGGAAGUAAAACUAAAGAUCGAGGAACUACUCCGGAGCCUUUUAAAUAGACUGUAUACAGAUGGAAGGAGUUCUCAUACCCUGCGUCUCACCCUACGACAGUUCUCCCCGACCAAUAGAUAUUUCAAUCGAGAAAGUCGCCAGUGUCCUAUCCCCAAGAACGUGAUUCAGGAUCCGAGCAGUGAGAGUUCUUUCUCCGUUCUGAUGGAACUACUUAUGAAGCUUUUUGAGAAGAUGAUUGAUGUUAAGUCACCCUUUCACCUCACCCUUCUAAAUGUCUGCUUUUCCAACCUCAAGCCUGCUCAGUCUUCAAACUCAUCACGAAACUCAAUUGGGUUUUACCUAACUCAAAAGAAAGGAUCAUCAACGGAGGCCAGUCAGAUCAUAAAGGCCCCCGGAGCAAAGGCAGAGAAGGAUCCCAAAGACAACGAUCCUUCAAACUUGUGUUUGGUGGAAACGGAUCCCUCUUCUUCGCUGUCUCUCCCUGACCACAUAGAUAUGGACGUGUUCAGUCAGCUUCCUGAGGACAUUAGGAAGGAAAUCCUCUCCAGCCCACAGACUGAAACAGGACACAAAAUCAGCAGAACCACAAGACCAUCACCGUGUCCUAAAGGAAUACAGAGUUUCUUUAUGAAAGCCAGCUCUAGGCAUCCACAGAGUUCUUCUGUAUCUGAACUGCCAGGGCAAGGUCUACAUAACACGAUGGACUUGGGUGACCCACCACUUUGGAUAAAGCACAGCUCAUGUAUAGACAGUGAUAAUGGAAAGAGUGGGGAGAACACCGCUUGUGCCAGUUCCUCCUCUUACAUCUCAUGCAGCAACCAAACGAGUCAGCCCUGUGAAGGAGACAUGGACUGUGCAGAAUCCAGCGACAGCAUUUUUCCUAAAAGUGUGGAUAUGAAUGUGUUUUCUCAGCUUCCAGAGGAACUACAGAAAGAACUAAUGGCGGACUGGAAGCACAAAGAACUCACCCCCAAAAUUCCUGCCAUUAAAUUGCAGGAGAAAGUGAAGAACGCCAAAGGUCAAAGGCCAAAAUCCUCAGCAAAGCUGAACAACCUGCUAAAGUAUUUUAAACCAGGUUAAAGAAUGCAAGUGUGAAUAUGAAAACCUCUGGGGUUGGGAUUAUGUGGGCAGCAAUGAUAAUCAAAAAAAUA